UUGUCAGGGUCAGAUGGCUGCUCAGCCUGAUUAAACCAGCUCAGUCAAUCCUCAGCUCGCCACUCGGCUCUGCUGCAGCAGAGAGGACCUGGAUACAGGCACAUGCCACAUUAGUGACCACCAAACUGGACUGAAGUGACUGGGAAAGAACCGCUGGUUGAUGGAGUUUGUGCGGCAGAGUGGUGACUAUUGCCAUGCUCAACACAUUUAGACCCUGUCUGGAAUGAUGCAGCGCCAUACAGUCCUGGGGUCAUGAGCCCUGGAAGACCACUGAGCCUUACCAUCUAAAACUGACUGCUCAUGGGUUAACAAGUGGAGCCUUAUCACAGACAACGUACUGGAAAGAAGAGGAAAGAGUGUGACUGGGAGAAUUUAAGAAAGUAAAUAAAAAACACUGACAAUUGCAGAGCUUAAAAUUCAGCUGAUGCACAGUAGUGUUCUAGAUCACAGGAUACAGUCAACGGAUGGGAGAACGAGCCGAAUAAAAGGGCUACAACUCUGGGAAAUUACAUAAUUUUAUUAUCAAAAUCCUACGCCAGGCUCACCCGGAAGACAAUUCUGAAGAUACAGCAGUCAACUGCGACAGCUGGAACUAAAGUCACAGGUCCUCCAGCAGUGUCAAAGGUUAUGCAAGCCACCAUGAACCGACCCGCUCCAGUUGAACUGUGCCACAAGAACAUGAGAUUCCUCAUCACACACAACCCCACAGACAGCACACUGAGCUCCUUCGUGGAGGACCUGAAGCGGUAUGGCGUGACACUGUUAGUGCGAGUUUGUGACAUCACAUACGACAAAACCACCCUGGAGAAAGACGGAAUAACUGUUUUUGACUGGCCCUUUGAUGACGGUGCCGCUCCGCCUAAUAAACUUGUUGAUGACUGGUUGAGUCUCCUGAAGAAGAAGUUUCAGGAAGAUCCAGGAAGCUGUGUGGCAGUUCAUUGUGUGGCUGGACUAGGAAGGGCUCCUGUGCUGGUCGCUUUGGCUUUGAUAGAAAGUGGGAUGAAGUAUGAAGAUGCUAUUCAACUCAUCAGACAGAAACGGCGUGGGGCCAUAAACAGUAAACAACUUACAUACCUGGAGAAAUAUCGAUCAAAACACAGACUCCGUUUCAAAGACUCUCACACUCCCAAGAACAAAUGCUGCACAAUGUGAAAACGCUUUCAGAGGUUCAUCUGUACACCCCAUGUAAACAUUCAAAACAUUUACACUCACAGUAAAAAAAAAAAAAGAUUCACAAAUGGCUUUUGUCUUUCUUUCAGUUUCAUCAGUGUCCUGGAUAAAUUUGUUAUUUAACUUUCUCAAAUCUGUUUCAAAGAAGCAUGGGUGGAAAUCUUUGUCAUGGUCUGUGGAUUUUUUAUAGAUAAUUCAAGAAUGCAUACAUCUGGAGUUGAGAACUGCGUCAAUGUGUAGGACAAGGUUUACAGCAGAACACCAGUUCGGAUGUACAGAUAUCUUAUAUAGUUUAAAUCUCAUCUGCACAUCAUUUUUAAACUCCCCAGGCCUGAUUAACUCAAAUUUUAAACUGAAAAAAGUAGGGUUUAUUUAAGGAUUUAGGGAUUAAUAUAGUAAUAAAAGCACAAAAUUUCUCAAAUAAAAAUUUUGGUUAUUUUACUUGGAAGUGUUGUGUUAAUUUAUUUGCUUUUCUUUAUUUUAACACACACUUCACGAUGGAAUUUACUUUAUGCUUCAUGAAUGGCACAUGUGCACAAGUAAUGCCUCUGACCAUAUAUAUAUAUAUAUAUAUAUAUAUAUAUAUAUAUAUAUAUAUAUAUAUAUAUAUAUAUAUAUAUAUAUAUAUAUAUAUAUAUAUAUAUAUAUAUAUAUAUAUAUAUAUAUAUAUAUAUAUAUAUAUAUAUAUAUAUAUAUAUAUACAUACAUAUACAUAUACAUAUGGUACAUCUAUACUCAAGCAGUUUUACUGUCAUGUCCUGAACAGUUUGAAAUUAUGCGAUGAGAACAGAAGAACACAACGAUUAGUAUAUGCAUGGAUUUGCUUGUGUGACUGCCAAUUUUGGAGCAGCAUUGGACAAAGAAAUUCAACUGAGCUGUCACGUUUUUAUGUAAGGACAACUGUAAAUGUCUGCAUAUAAUGUUUGCAUUGUUCAAUAAAGGUUUUAUCAACA